AUAAUGGAGAUGAUGCCCUUCAUGCAACAAUGUUUCAGUUUGCAUACUCUGUCCCACAAAAAGGUUCCAUGAUCGAAUCGGUCCUCUUAUUAAGAAAAGUGGAACUGUGUGGUUCAAAGUGGUGUAAGGAGAAAAUUUGAGAAUUAAUAUGAGCCACAUGAAGUUUUCCGUAAAUGGAAAAUGGAACCUUUUUGGGAUGAACAAAAAAGUAAAUGUGGAACCUUCUUAUGGGACAAGAGUAUAAUUUUACAGGGAUAUUGCCUCAGGUAUGUAAUUCAAUAUACGGAGUAUAUUUUAGGUUGUGCAAUGAAGGAUGAAAAAUGGAAUAUCAUGUCAGGCCAUCAUUUUUCCAGGUGAAUAUUGUGUUUAAAUUUUGUGCUUCUGAUAUGACUCCAAACAGGCUUGGCUUGGUUGUCUCAUUUGGAUGUGCAAUUAAUUGCUGCCAUACCAGUAUGCCACAAAGUAAGUUGCCUAAACUUUGGCACUAUAUAUUUAUGCUUAGGUGGCCUCUAUUUUAUUGACAAUUGCACUAUUUUUGACCAAUGCUUCGUUUGGCAGUAAUUGCCAACAUGGCAACAACAACAACAACAAACCAGCCUUAAUUCCAAAUGACUUGGGCAUGCUACACGCCUACAUUAGCAAGUAUUAAAUAUUGGGAGGUUAUCCACAAAGAUCUUCGUUUCUACUUUUUUCUUACAUGGACUUAGAGAUCUUGUCAUUGAGGAUUACCUCUCCCGGGCAGAUUGGACAUAAUAAUCUCCAACCAUUAGGGCAAUACCUAAUCUCAAAUCACUAGGGUCCGCUACAUGAACCAAUAGAGUAUAUGUGGAGGUUAUCAAGUAGUGUCUUCAAUAUCCACUAUUUUCUGUCAUGUACUUAGAGACCUACUCAACAGGGAUAACAGUCCAAUGCAUCAAUGUCUUUAUACUUACACCUUUAGUCAAUGUUAUUUUCAGGACUAUCCUUGCUGGCACUUACCUUCCAGAGGCAAAUUAGUCAUUUCUCCUUCACUUCAGUAGUCAGUAUGCUCACAUUCAUGCAAAUCACAUUUCUGGAAACUCAAUCUUUCAAGCAGUACCGCACAUCUAUCUUAACACACAUCUCCACUACACUCAUCUACUUUAUUAGAUUUUUCUCUAUAGCCCAACAUCAAAAUCUAGAGUAAAGCAUAUGAUAGUGGUUGCACAGAACUACAGUCUUAGAGUUUUGAAAACAUUGCCUCCACCCCUAGAAGAUCCUCCCCCCUAUUUAAUGUUCUCAUUUUUUUUACAUGAAUUCAAAGAAUAUGAAGUUGCGAUGUUGAAAUUUAUGUAGAAAUGAAAGAAUUAAUAUAGACCACAAUUCUUUCCUUAAAGCAAAAAUGAAGAUUAAUUAGGGACGACAUAGAAAGUAAAUGGGGAAAAUAAGAAGGGGGUGGAUGGAGUUAUAUAUCUCGGAUACAAGACUUAUAGGUAAUUCUUUUCCAUCUAAGUUCUCUCCACUAUGUUUUUAAAUUUUUGACUGGGCUAAGAGCUUGUUCUCUUCAACUUAUUCUUUAUACUUAAGGAAUCAGAUGAGAACUUAAUCGAAUUAGAUGAGAACCAAAAAGAUAAGUUGAAGAGAACAAGCCCCAAGUUCACAGUUCAAAAUUUUUAUUUUACACUUAUCCUAGACCUUCAUGAUUCUAACUUUCAUCUCAAUAUUUCCAACAUACAUUAUACUCUUCUAUGGAUUCAUCACCAUUUGCAAUCAGCAUACAUUGAUAAAUUGAUAUCUUGCAGUUGUUGUUUACUUGUCCUAAACCUAAUCAAACAAGCCUAGUAUAUCCCACUCAAGAGUAGCACACCAAAGUAUUUCCUAGGCACCUAUCGUAGGGUUUUCAAGUGAAAUGUGAAUGCUAUUUUUGUUGCACCAUGAGACCUUCACGUGGUGAUAAACGUGUACGCCCCAUUUUCAAGCAUCUCAAUGGAUUCUACUUUUGCUGCAGUGGAAGUGUUGUCUAUAUCUCUUCAUGGUUUGACUACUCUUAAUUCCUCAUUUUUACUAGGCAUCAAUGUACAUAAGUGAAAAAAAUGUCAUUUUUGUCACCAUAUCUGCUAUCUUGUUCAACCUUCCUAGUUUGUCUGCUUCUUGUUGAAGUGGUGUAAUGUAUUCAUAUUUGAAACAAUUCGUAAGGUCUAAUUUGCAGAGUAUUUGCUCAUAACUCAUAAGGUUCGUGGCUUCCUCUUGUGUGUUGGUUGAGUGGUGCAAUUACAGAUUUAUAUAACCGACUUCAGGGUGACAGUAAUAGUUCUGAUUUAUGCAUUUACUAGUUGCUACUGGGAUUUGGUUUGUACUCUGUAGAGCAGUGGCUACAAGAUUCAGGUGCGCUUAUUACUAUUAUUUGAUAUCAUUAUUAUUGUUAUUAUUAGUAUUAUUAUUAUUACCCCCUCGUCCCAAAAAGCAUUACCUAAUUUGACUUUCACAGUGUUGAAGAAAAGUAAAAAGUGUAUAGUUAGAAUUUGUUUGAUUAGAGAGAUAUCUUUUGAGCCACAUGCUCAUUACUUUAAAAGGAAAUAAUGUGGGAAGCAUUUUCUGCAAUGAUGUCCAAAAAAGGAGAGUGAGAAAUGUAUGUUUGGGACGGAUAGGGUAUUACUCCGUAUUUAUUGGAAACAACUAGGUCUUUUCAUUAGUCAUUACUCUUGGGGGGUGUUUGUUUUUUCUGCAGGAAAAGGUCUGCAGUCUGCGGACCACUACUGUAGACAUCUGCAAGAGAAGUGGUGGACCGAAGGUCUGUGGUCUGCAAGAAGAAGACUGUUUGUUUUUUAAUGUCUGUAGAUUGCUAUAUAAAUUAAUGAGAAGUACAAAAAAAGGAGAAGAUGUUAGAAGAUGUUAGAAGACAUUGGUUAAUGUCUUCUUCAAGAAGAUGCCAGGAAGACCUUUUUGAGUGAAAUGUCUUCCAAAAAACAAACAAUCUGCAGAGCUCAUCAUCUGCGCGCGUCUGCGCGGCGCAGACAAAAGACGCCAGAAGGUUUUCUGGCAGAAAAACAAACACCCCCUUGCUGUUUAUUUCUGUUCAACUCUUUUAUCCCCUCUGUGUAUUCUCUCCCAUGAAAAGUUUUCUCAUUUCGUUGUCUGUAUGUCCCCCCCCCCCCCAAAAAAAAAAAAGUGUCCGGUCAAUUGUGAAACCAUAUUUCAAGAUGGAGGGAGUAUAUGUCAAAUUUAUUGGCUACAUCCUUGUUUUUUUUGGCUCCAUAUAGCUACUACAGAGUACUUAUUUUUGAUACUUUGGUCCAAAUUUCUUUCUUCUAUAGUUUCUUUGCUUGGAUUGAUAUGUGGUACAAAUUGCACAAUUACAACAACAAUAACAACAAACCCAGGAUAGCCCAAUGCUGAUGGAGUAUGAGGGUCAAAAUGUACACAACCUUGCCCAUGAAAAAAACAGAGAUGUUAUUGUUACCUGUGAUGCAUUUACGCUUAAAACUUCAUAGAAAGAAACUAGAGAAGUUAAAUGUGUCUUUUUAAUUUAGUCCAUUGUAAAAAAUGUCUCUUUUAGGUCUCGCAAUGGACAUAACAAACCACACAAUUACAGCACACAAGUUAUGACCCUCCCGGUCUUUGCGACACGUUCUUACACCGUGGGUAUAGUGCUUUGGAAUUUACAUUAUCAAUCUUUGCAAUGGAACAUGAGUAUAACAUCCAUCUCAGACUCAUUGCCGUUUCAUGAUGUAUUGUUUAACAAGAGUUCGGACGUUGUUCUCAUGAUACUGUGUAAGACGUCGAGCAGGGUAACUAUUAUUGUAAGACCUAUGAACUAUGUUUUUUAUUUUUGCAUCAGUGUACAACUUUAUCUAAUUUUAGACGAUUAAUUUUCUCCGCAACACCUUUUCUUUCACGGAGUAUUACAAUUUUGAAGAUUGUAAAUUUGUAAUGAAUGUCUAAUAUGUUGGUUUUGAGAAUUUGAACUGGCCAAAUGGAUAUCCCAAAUGAGCCCUUCUAUGUGGAAGACGUACAAGAGUUGGUGCGCAAGGCACAACUCUCUUCAUCUUCUUCGUCUCCGGCAAGCAGUGUUGUCAUUCCUGAGAGGUUUGUGAAAGGAGGCACGGCGCCCGGUGCUGAUACCAGGCCAACAGUAGUCGUACCCGCCGCCUAUUCUUCUUCUUCUUCUUCUUCUUCUUCAUGUGGCGGUGAUGAUCAUCAUGAAGAAGAAGAACAACAACAACAAGAAGAGUACACCAUCAAAAUCCCAGUCAUUGAUUUAAGCAAACUGUUGAUCACCUCAUCAGUUGACGGCGUCAACUCUCCCCUCUUCCUUGACGAACUUUCCAACCUCUCUCAUGCCUGCCAGCAUUGGGGAUUCUUUCAAGUAGUGAAUCAUGGGGUUGAGAAGGGGCUGCUGGAGAAGAUGGAGAGGUUGGCCAUGGAGUUCUUCAUGCAGCCGGUGGAGGAGAAGAGGAAGUACGCGAUGGCCCCGGGAGGGAUACAGGGGGAAACGGUGGAAACAUACACGAGAGAAAUGAGGGGAUUGUGCGAGAAGUUGAUGAAGUACAUAGGAAUCACUUUGAACGGAAACGACGACGUUUUCGACAGGGCAUUUGCGAAGGGGUGUGUGCAGGCCGUGAGGAUGAACUAUUAUCCGCCAUGUCCCAGGCCUGAUCUCGUUUUGGGCCUUAGCCCACAUUCCGACGGGAGUGCCCUUACUGUGUUGCAACAGCCCAAUUUCGGCCCGCCGGGCCUUCAGAUACUCAAUGAUAAAAAUGAAUGGGUCCAAGUUCCCUCUCUUCCAAAUGCUCUCGUCAUCAACGUCGGUGACACCAUCGAGGUAUUUUAUUGUUCAAUUAAAGAAUAAAAAAAUUACUUCCUUCGUUAGUUAAAAAAAGAAUUGUGUCACUUGGUCUUUUUUGAAAAAAAGAAAGUAAAGUUUCUUUAGGGGA